AUGGGCGCUACAAAGAAGUAUUUUAAAAAUCAGUUCCAAAUUCAAAAGUUCAAAUUUGAAUAUGAGGAUGUGUCGGAUUUCUACUUAGGUUGCUUUCAGAGGAGUACUUCGUGUAUCCCUCUCUUGCUAAUGCGGACUUUGUUGUUCUUCGGCUCUGUGGCUAUUGUGGUGGCGGCUCUAGUGAUGAAUGUGGAGAGAGGGCGUGGCGGCUAUUGGCCAAUUUAUUUGACCAAUUGGGGGAUUUUUACAAUGAUGAUUUGUACAGGAUUCGCAUUUAUCAUAUCCCUUGUUGCUUCCAUCAAAGGAUCCCUUGGUACAGAAGUGUCGUUUCGUUUACCCUGGUACGUUACAGUGUACUGGGUUCUUUAUAAUGCAGCAAUAUCUAUGGCAGUAUUUGUUACAAUUUUCUAUUGGGCAUUUUUGAGUGGAGCUAGAUAUUCUGAUGAGAAUCAAGACUCAGAAUUCGCCCCAAAUAAAGUGCUAGACAUCUUCAUCCACGCUGUCAACAGUGUGGUGAUGCUCCUAUUGUUGCUGACUUCGCGUCAACCAGUCUACAUUCUGCACUUCUACAUCGCCAUUAUUGUUCCCCUGGUAUACAUGAUCUUCAGUGUCAUUUACUGGGCAGCGGGUGGACUGAGCCCACGUGGAAACCCGUACAUCUACGCUAUGCUUGACUGGAGCAGACCUGGAGUAGCUUUGAUAGCUGUUGCCCUAUCAGCCGCUCUUCUUAUUGUUGUCCACAUCUUAAUCUCUUUGCUAGCCCUAGGAAGAGAUGCUCUGGCUAAAUUGUAUCGAAAAGACAAAUCUUUUACCUUCAGCCAAUAA